GCAGAAAUGGAGAGUCAAGUAUCUAGUACUAAAAUAUUUGAGAAAUUCACAUGGAAAAUUGAGAACUUCUCUCGCUUAAAUGUUGAUAAGAUGUACUCCGAUCCUUUUAUCCUUUGCGGCUAUCCAUGGAGGAUUCUUCUGUUUCCAAAGGGGAACAAGACCAAAGGUGCAGUCGACCACUUAUCAAUUUAUUUGGAGGCUGUGAAAACUGAAUAUGCCUCUGAGGGAUGGAUCAGAGAUGUCAAAUUUAAGUUAGUUGUAUUCAAUCAGCUCGAUUCCAACAUGACAAUAAUCUCAGAAACUACGCAUAAGUUUAAAGCAAAUGAGAGUAACUAUGGUUAUUUAUCUUUCAUGAAGUUAUCCCAGCUUCGUAAUCCUAAAAAGGGGUUUAUUGUGAAGGAUGUUUGUAUUGUUGGGGCAGAAGUUUUUGUCUGUAAAACAUUUGAGAAACCAGUGAAUCAAGCAGCUGAGCUAACUGUUUCCCUAGCAUCUGGAAGUCAAAAUGGGCAUGUGAAAGUGGAUGUCCCAAUACCAAACCCUGAAGUUCAAGGCCCAACUAUGGAAGUAUGUUCUGAUGAUCCUCCAUCCAUUGAGCGUCCACGGAAGAGAAGUCGCAAGUUUACUGAUUUGGCAUUUGCCGUAUUGGGGAGAAUUCUUUAUUUCCUUAGGACUAAAAAAGUGAAAGAUAUGGAUGAGCAAGCUUGUAAGGAACUUCAAGUUUUAUGGAAUGAGCUUAAAAAAUUUAAAUUUGAUCUUACUUGGCUAGAGCCACAAGUUCAAUGUGCUUUAGGAAUGAAAAGUUUUGUGGAGAAAGCUCUACAGGUUGAAAAAUUGAAGGAAAAUAUUGAAGCUAUAGAACUUGAAACGGGGAGACUAAAAGCAAAAUUGGCUGCUGCUGAGGUAAAUCUUAACGUAGAAAGAGACUUGUUGAAAGCAAAAGGCAUCAAAGAAAGAGAUUUGGAUUCUGAAUUGGGGUCUGGAAGUUGGAAGCCAUAGAUAGACCUAUGGAUAAACAUGGAUUGAUUUCAAUGAAUGCUACGGAGUUUUGUAUUCUUAAGUAUAUUAUUAUAUAAUAAUGCAAGUGUAUUAAUU